AUGGCCAUCCACUUUCGGCGAGUCAGGAAGGAACUGCUACCACUGCGUCAGGUUGGAACGCCUCCUUUUCUGGGCGCGAGAAGCGCUGGGACCUCGCAAGGCAUGGCAGCCCAGCAUGCGACCGAGAGCAGCGAAGACGAGUUUCACUCUCUGUCGGCUCAAGGAGAAGGCGCGGACGAUGAAGACGACGAAUCCGAAUCCGUGGUCAUGGCGCCUCCCAAACACCCCGUCCCAUCAUUUCAAGGAGCAUUUGAGGAGUCGAUUGUGGAAUCGAUGCAGAACGCGCAGGACUCCAGUUCUGACGCCCAUCCCGACGCUGACAUGAGACGUCGCAGACUGCUCGACGCGGAGCGCUUCGAAGGAGCUGGCACAAGAUGGAAGCACAAGCCUGGCGCCAAAUACCACCCAUUCGUAAAGCUCAUGGCACAGGUCGUCUUUGGGCUGCAUCUGUUAAUGGAAGGACAGGCCAAGUCCAACGAAGAGGUGGUCCGUAUACUGCAAAGUCACGUCAACGAGGUCGACAGCUUUUUGGAGAGCACGUCGGACGACUUUGAUUUGGCCAUUAAAGAUAUUGAGGAACGAGUGCGCUAUCUCAGACUGCCCAUGCAACACAUGGAUGUCUUUGAAGUCAUGCUGGACGAGAAGAAGUUUCGGACGGAGCUACUGGCUGGCAAUGAGAAGAUUGAAAAGAUUAUCGAGAAAACCGCAAAGGCUAUGAACGCAGCAGUGUUCGACAUCGAAAAUGGUCUCAGAUCUACACAAGAACUGAGUUACUAUCUCACCCAGAUCGAAGGUCGCUGGCCUACCGGUGACUCUGAUAUCUCCGAAGUAUUUGCGGCAAUGCGAGGAAACGAGCAAGGCUGGGACAAAUAUCUCAAGGACCUGAAGACAAAAAGCAAGAAUUUGCGGCACAGUUUGGCUACCCUAGAAUCCACAAUUAGUGAGAUCUCGAAGCACGCCGCUGCGGCAAGCCGACGCAACAAGCCGCAAAGCAACACAGUCUCACCUACGAUGCGACAACCUUCAAAGUCGUCAGUCGCCUCGUCGCCCCUGCGAUCCAAGUUUGCUGCGAAAAAUUCAACCGUAUAUCGCAAGCCAGGACCAUGGUUGGACAAGCCUCUCCCGAAAGAGCCAUCUACAGGUGCUGCCGCAUCGCAGACUGCGAAUUCAAAGCCUCAUCCCGUGCCUUUCGAGACCAGAUAUGAGCAACCUCGGCAACGUAUCCCGACUCCGGGAUCCAGGAGUAAUGUCAAUGGCCGUGGCAGCCCACUACGACCGCAGACAGCCACACGGCCACCAGAUGAACGCACACACCAGAGACGAAGUAUGAGAGAUCUUGCAGAUUUUCUGCGUCAUUCCGACGGACUGCGCAGCCAUCCCCCAGACGGCAGUCAAUCCGGCCGAUUCCCAGCGAAGAAGCCCCACAGAUCGCAAAGUCAUGAUGGUGCUCGCAUGAUGACUUCGGCUACCGAAAAGAAACGCUUCAGACGUUCAAGAAGUUUCGGCGCAAACCCGACAAACCAGGAAUCGGAGCGCAGAACAAUACCCAGAAAGCCGGUCGGGUCUAGUACUGUCACUACUACUGUGAGCAGUGAUGCCAAGAACACAAAAACGCAAUUCGCUGGGCUCGGGAGAAAGGAGUCAGCCACACUAGGUAGCAGUUUCUCCAGACGACUCUCUCGAAGGCUCAAAAACGCGCCUCCGAUCACAAAUCACGCUCCUCGCAGCUCUGUUUCCCGUCCAGUCGACUCCGCUCAUGCAUCAGAAAAGCAGCGACAAAGUGAAGAUGUUGCUUCUGAUCAUGAUAAAGAUCUUACUCCUGAUCUCGAACAGGAUCUUUCGAGCAAUCCUGUCAGAAAUAGCAAAGACCAGCCACGACCGGGCUCCCGGAAUCACAGCCUCUUUCCAAAAGACGUUGGUCCCCUAACGCCAUCACAAGCAAGCCUGCGGGAAAACAGUCCAAGUCCACACAGGGCGGACAAGACUUGGGUCUCGUCGAACGAUAUUUCUCCGACUAGCAUCUCUACAAAGCCCACCACACAUGGUUCCAAAGCAAGUCGCACGUUGAGUCUGCGAAAUUUCUUCUCUCACCACCGCAAGGAAGGCAUUCGGAAUGUGAUGGUUUCUUGAAGAUGAAGAUGAAUUGAGGAAAUAUACUUACAGCUUUUAUAUUUAUGUUCCAGAGUGUUUAUUACAGGCAGCAGCUCUCCGGCUAGGAUCGAGCGCUCGAACGGCCGAGUUGGCAGCAUUUAUUUCCGAUGGAAUUACGGUGAAUGCAUUCGAAUGGGAGGACCGGUCUACAGAUGUGAUGCGGGUCCAAGAUGUAAGAAGACAACGAAUAGACAGCUGCUAUUAAUAAGUUGGUGA